AACAAUAAGACGAAGUAGUGGUAGCCUAUCCGUGUAUCCACAUUAGUUUUAGGCUCAUUUCGGAGACAACCCCUACACGUUACGGAAUAAUUUGGUCGCUUAAACCUUUUUGAAAAUGGGUAAAAGGGAUAAAGGAGACCGGGACAAGAAGUCCAAAAAGCGUUUCCAUGAGGACGAUGAUGACGAUGAAGAGGCGGUGGGCAGCGAGUCUCAGGAGGCCAUACCUGCUGCUGCAGGGAAACAAGUGGAUGAGUCUGGUACCAAACUGGAUGAAUAUGGAGGCAAAGACUACAGAUCUCAGAUGCUGCUCAAGGAUGAUCACUCUUCACGUCCAAUCUGGGUGGCUCCAGAUGGACACAUCUUUCUGGAAGCCUUCUCCCCAGUAUACAGGUAUGCACAGGAUUUCUUGGUGGCCAUUGCAGAGCCAGUGUGUAGGCCUAACCACGUCCAUGAGUACAAGCUGACAGCCUACUCCCUGUAUGCAGCUGUCAGUGUGGGGCUGCAGACCUCUGAUAUUGUGGAGUACCUGCAGAAACUCAGCAAAACCUCUUUACCUGAGGGAAUCAUUCAGUUCAUUAAGCUCUGCACAGUGAGCUACGGCAAAGUUAAGCUGGUGCUCAAGCGCAACAGGUAUUUUGCUGAGAGUGCCUUCCCCGACGUGAUCCAGCGCCUCUUGCAGGACAGUGUUAUUCGUAAAUGUCGCCUGCGUACCGUGGAUGGAGACGAGACUGAGCUCAUCACAGAAAUCAUCCACAGCAAGUCAGCGAUCUCCAAGUCAGUCCAGGAAAAGGAAGGCAUGUCCAACUCACAGCAGUCCAGUGAGGGUCAAAGCUCCACCCAGCAAGUCCCGGAGGACAUCUUCAGCUACUAUGAGCAGAUGGAUAAAGAAGAGGAGGAGGAAGAGGAGACGCAGACGGUUUCCUUCGAGAUUCAACAGGAGAUGAUUGAGGAGCUGCAGAAGCGCUGCAUUCAGCUGGAGUAUCCCCUCCUAGCAGAGUACGACUUUCGCAAUGAUACCGUCAACCCAGACAUCAACAUAGACCUGAAACCCACCGCUGUGCUGCGGCCGUAUCAGGAAAAGAGUCUGCGCAAGAUGUUUGGCAAUGGACGUGCUCGCUCUGGAGUCAUCGUGCUGCCCUGCGGAGCUGGGAAAUCUCUUGUGGGCGUGACAGCAGCGUGCACAGUGCGCAAACGCUGUCUGGUUUUGGGUAACUCCGCUGUGUCUGUGGAGCAGUGGAAGUCCCAGUUCAAGAUGUGGUCCACAAUCGACGAUUCUCAGAUCUGCCGCUUCACCUCAGACGCCAAGGACAAACCCAUCGGCUGCUCGGUGGCCAUUAGCACCUACUCCAUGUUGGGUCACACCACCAAGCGCUCCUGGGAGGCUGAGAGGGUCAUGGAGUGGAUGCGGAGUCAGGAGUGGGGACUCAUCAUCCUGGAUGAGGUGCACACGAUCCCUGCCAAGAUGUUUCGUCGCGUUCUCACCAUCGUCCAGGCUCACUGCAAACUGGGGCUCACUGCCACUCUGGUCAGGGAAGAUGACAAGAUCGUGGACCUCAACUUCCUCAUUGGGCCUAAGCUGUAUGAAGCUAACUGGAUGGAACUGCAGAACAACGGUUACAUUGCCAAAGUCCAGUGUGCAGAGGUAUGGUGCCCGAUGUCUCCAGAGUUUUACAGAGAGUAUGUGGCCAUAAAGACAAAGAAGCGCAUCCUGCUUUACACCAUGAACCCUAACAAGUUCCGUGCCUGCCAGUUCCUCAUCCGCUUUCACGAGCGCCGCAACGACAAGAUCAUCGUCUUUGCCGACAACGUGUUUGCUUUAAAGGAGUACGCCAUUCGCCUCAAUAAGCCGUACAUCUAUGGUCCAACCUCUCAGGGGGAGCGCAUGCAGAUUUUGCAGAACUUCAAACACAACCCAAAGAUCAACACGAUUUUUAUUUCCAAGGUUGGAGACACCUCCUUUGACUUGCCUGAGGCCAAUUGUCUGAUCCAGAUCUCCUCCCAUGGUGGAUCACGUAGGCAGGAGGCCCAGAGGCUCGGAAGAGUCUUACGAGCCAAAAAAGGAAUGGCAGCAGAGGAGUAUAAUGCCUACUUCUACUCACUGGUGUCCCAGGACACACAGGAGAUGGCUUAUUCGACCAAGAGGCAGAGGUUCCUGGUGGACCAAGGUUACAGCUUUAAGGUCAUCACUAAAUUGGCAGGGAUGGAGGAAGAGGACUUGAUGUUCUCCAACAGAGACGAUCAACAGCUGCUGCUGCAGAAGGUGCUGGCUGCUUCAGACCUGGACGCUGAGGAGGAGGUGGUGUCAGGGGAGCUGGGCGCACGGCCACAGUUCUCGAGGCGAACAGGCACCAUGAGCUCCAUGUCGGGCGCAGACGACACCGUCUACAUGGAAUAUCAAAGCCGCGGCGGCAAGUCCUCUGCAAACGCCAAGGGUGUUCAUCCGCUGUUCAAGCGCUUCAGGAAGUAGAUGCACAGACAGGUGGAACACAGGAAAAAAAAACAAUGCUUUGCUCAGACUGCAGGAAAAAUCUGACGUUCGAUCCAGAUUGACCUUUUAAAGACUGGACAGCAAAUCAGAUUUGUACAGGUGUGUUUGGAACAACAUGUCUUUUUGCCCUCACUCUGAAUGAGACGCACGUUAAUGAGGUCAAAGCCUGUAACUGAAGCGCCACGGCUGAUGAUGUAAUAGUGUCUGGGUGAAACACUUGUUAGAGGACUUCCGAAACAACACAGAACUGACCGAGUGGUAAAUAUUGUUUUCAUUUAUGGAAGAUUGUCCCUUAGAAUCAGCUGAUCACUGCAACUCAUCUCUCCCUUUGUGUGUUUUAUAGCUUUAUGGUCACAUAAUAUAGCUUUAUAGCUUUUAUAUAUGGAGGAGACACAGAGGAGCAGCCGAUCGCUGCAGCUCGUCUCUCAGCAGAGUUCCAGAAAUACAGUACAAAAAGCUUAAAUAGGAAAAAACAAAUACACAAUAGUGUGGAUCAAAAAAUAGUGGAAACCAUGUCAUGGUUUUUUUGUGUAUUGUACUGCAACACCUGUGUAUUGUGUUGCAGUUAUGUCAUAAUUUAUACUGUUUGUUUCAUCUCUGUUAGUCUCAGUGUACAUGACUACUACACGUGUAUUAGAGGUGGUUAACGUUUUAAAUGAGUGAAAAUGGGAUCACAGACAUCGAACAGUGAACAGAGAAAACCAGGGUCUUUUCGCCUCUGAGGAGGAAAAUCCACUCUGAUUUCAUUAAAGCAGCUUUGUGUGAAUUUGGCUCGAUCUACAAGAGUGAAACAAUAAGAGUUAAACCCACAUAAUCAGUAGAUUAUCUCGAUCAGUGGAUAGUGUGGAUUAGUCUUUCCAAAGCUCCUCUUAUUGCUGAAUUUGUUUUGUUAGGGAAUUUGAUUCUUCUUUGAAAUGUUAUUAAAUGGUUUCUGGAUAAGAAAUACACAAAUCUGUGGCAUUGACUUUUGGACUAGUUAAAUGUGUCACUCUGAAAGUUCAAAAGCAGCGAUGUAACUGCAGCAGGUCCAAGUUCUUCAUUUUAGUCUUAUUUUGCAGACAGGAAACCAGAACUAAUAAAUAAAAUUAAAUAACAUUUUAAAAAAUAGUUGUUCCUGUUUGCUGAUUAUAAUGACACAAGUUAUUUCCCACACCACCAGUUUGUUCUACUCACAACUAACAAAUAGCAUUAUGUAAAUGAAAUUAAAUUACUUGGGGUUAAAUGAACAACCGCAUGUCAAAUUAAGUUGCAAUAUUGUAUCGAGUCAAGUCGGGCUGCAACCAUUAAUCAGAUAAUCGGUUAUUAAUCAAUUACUAAAUUAAUACAAAACAAAUACAACAAUAAUUCAAUCAUAUUCAAUAAUUUGGUAGAGUGUGACCUUGUGUGAAAUGUGUUUGUCGGAGUGUGUAGUGACUGAAGUGGUCAGGUGAAGUAAGUCGGUGGUGCAAUCACUGGCUUUGCGGUUUCGAUGAAACAAAAGACAGACGGGGCAGAAGCCUGCUGUGUCCCAUGCCUGCAAACAUACUUUUGGCGACUACCUUGGUUGCCGCGGUAACCCGCAUACAGAUCAAAGGGAAGGUUUGUGUGAAGGUUCACAGGACGGACACUUUUAAUAUUUGGGAGUUUCUUUUAACGUACGGCUGUGAAAUGAAUUGCUACUUUUCUUAGGUCUAUACAUUUCUAAAGUUCAAAAGCAGUGAUGCCUUUGAGGUUUAAAACUUCAUAUCAACAUGACUAACUUGUGAGACAGAGAUGUGAAUAAUGUGCUAAUUUACAUUUGUUGAAAGUGUCAUAUAGCCCUGGUACGACAUGUAAGUGCCUGUCAGGUUAGAGAGAAAUGUCGCACAUAAAUCUCGUGCCUCCAUGAGAUUCUCCAGACUUUGCUUUGCCGUCUACACGGUUCACUCUGUCAUCACGCUUAUAAAUAUAUCAGCUGCACAUUAACAAACCAGUGUUUAGAAACCAGAGAGAAUGAUACAAAGAGUGUGGAAUUAAGAUGUUAAAGGCCUGUGAAAAUUCA